AUGCACCUCAAAGUACAUGUGAACCUGAAGAAUUUGAUUGGCAAGUUCCCUUGCCACUUAUGCGGAGACAGAUUCAGUACCGCCAACUAUCUGGACUUGCAUGUCAAGAAACAUACUGGAUCUUUGUGGGAGUGUAUUAAGUGCAACAUGGUGUUUACAAACCGCAAAACGCUGGAUACUCAUAAAGAUAUGUGCAUCAAGCUUCUAUGUAAAGUAUGCAAUAAGUUCUACAGUAAAGGUCAUGUUAAAGAUCAUAUGCAAACCCAUUGUAGACCCCUGUGGAAGUGCAUUAAAUGUAGGAGCAAUUUUACCAGCCAGAAUGAACUAGAUAGUCAUGUACUUCUGUGUAAUCGGUCUGCAAUUCUGUGUAAAGAGUGUGGACAGUUCUGCAGCCCCAUUGGGGAGCAUGUAAAAAGUAACUGUGGGAAUAUGUGGAAAUGUGAAAGAUGUAAGAACAGUUUUACUGAAUGUGGCGAAUUCGCUAAAGAUGUGUGUUCAAAACCGUCUAUGGCUCUGUGUGAAGAGUAUGGGAAAUACUACACUGAAAGAUGGACUGGAGGCCAUAUGAAAAGUCAUACCAAAGACGUAAGGGAGUGUGAAAAAUAUGGGGAAGAAUUAGCAAGGACUGAUGUACCUCAACAUACAACGUCAAGGUGUAAAAAGCGGCUAAAAGACGACAAGAGACCACGCAUUGCAGAUGAACCAUAUAAAUGUGAAAAUAGUUUUGUUGCUUCCAUCUGUUGUGGCAUUCAUCAGGGAAUUCAAAUGAGAAGACUAGAUACGCAAUGCAUGACAUGUGGGCUUCGUUUUGAAAAUCGUGUCGAGUUACAAAAGCACAACAAAUGGCACACGCUUCAACAACAAACAAGAGUCCUUGUAAACAAAAUUGAUUUAGACAAUGUACGCUGUAACAAACUUUGCAUUAAAUUUUACCCGUGUAAAUCUAAAUGUGAUAGGAUUUUCGAAGAUGAAAAUAUUGCAAUGGCACGUAACCAUGUUUGUAAGAGAAUAGCUGUCGAGUUGAUUGGAAAAGACAACAAUCCGCAGAAUGGGGAUAUCCGUGGUGAGACGAAUGCUCUUCAUAGUAAAGAUGAUUCCGGUACAAACGAAGCACAAAACUUACAUGUCGAGAAAAUGGCGUUACAAAGCGUCCAUCAAUCAAUAGACAGAGUAAACAGCAGACAUCAAAUGAGUGGGGACUUUUCUAAAGCUGAGACACAGACUGGUAAUCACAUUCUACAUUCUGAACAACAUGGUAUUGGUCAUUCAUCUAAUGAACAACAUGUCAUUGGUCAAUCAUCUAAUGAACAACAUGUCAUUGGUCAAUCAUCUAAUGAACAACAUGUCAUUGGUCAUUCAUCUAAUGAACAACAUUCCAUUGGUCAUUCGUCCAAUAAACAACAUGCCAUUGGUCAUUCAUCUAAUGAACAACAUGUGAUUGGUAAUUCAUCUAAUGAACAACAUGUCAUUUGUCAUUCAUCUAAUGAACAACAUGGCAUUGGUCAUUCAUCCAAUGAACAACAUGCCAUUGGUCAUUCAUCUAAUGAACAACAUGUCAUUGGUCAUUCAUCUAAUGAACAACAUGUCAUUGGUCAUUCAUCUAAUGAACAACAUUCCAUUGGUCAUUCAUCCAAUGAACAACAUGCCAUUGGUCAUUCAUCUAAUGAACAACAUGUGAUUGGUCAUUCAUCCAAUGAACAACAUGCCAUUGAUCAUUCAUCUAAUGAACAUGCCAUUGGUCAUUCAUCUAAUGAACAACAUGUCAUUGGUCAUUCAUCUAAUGAACAACAUGUCAUUGGUCAUUCAUCUAAUGAACAACAUGUCAUUGGUCAUUUAUCUAAUGAAUACCAUUCCAUUGGUCAUUCAUCCAAUGAACAACAUGCCAUUGGUCAUUCAUCUAAUGAACAACAUGUCAUCUGUCAUUCAUCUAAUGAACAACAUGCCAUUGGUCAUUCAUCCAAUGAACAACAUACCAUUGAUCAUUCAUCUAAUGAACAUGCCAUUGGUCAUUCAUCUAAUGAACAUGCCAUUGGUCAUUCAUCUAAUGAACAACAUGCCAUUGGUCAUUCAUCUAAUGAACAACAUGCCAUUAGUCAUUCAUCUAAUGAACAACAUGGUAUCGGUCAUUCAUCUAAUGAACAACAUGUCAUUGGUCAGUCAUCUAAUGAACAACAUGCUGAUGUUGAUUUAAGCAAUGAACAACAUGUUGAUGACCAUUUAAACAAUGAACAACACAUCAAUGUCCAUUCAAGCAAUGAACAUGUUGAUGAUUGUUUAAGCAAUGAAAUACCUGUUGAUCAUUUAGGCAAUGAACAAUAUGUCGAUGACCAUUUAAGCAAUGAACAUUAUGUCAACGAUCAUUUAAUCAAUGAACAACAUGUCGAUGACUAUUUAGGCAAUGAACAACAUGUUGAUAAUUGUUUAAUCAAUGAACAACACAUCAAUGACCAUUUAGGCAAUGAACAACAUAUUGAUGACCAUUUAAGCAAUGCACAACAUGUUGAUGAUCGUUUAAACAAUGAACAACACGUCAAUGACCAUUUAGGCAAGGAACAGCAUGUUGAUGAUCAUUUAGGCAAUGAACAACAUGUUGAUGACCAUUUAGGCAAUGAACAACAUGUUGAUGAUCGUUUAAACAAUGAACGACAUGUUGAUGACCGUUUAGGCAAUGAACAAUAUGUUGAUGACCAUUUAAACAAUGAACAACAUGUUGACCAUUUAGGCAAUGAACAGCAUGUUGAUGACCAUUUAGGCAAUGAACAGCAUGUUGAUGACCAUUUAGGCAAUGAACAACAUGUUGAUGACCAUUUAAACAAUGGACAACAUGUUGACCAUUUAGGCAAUGAACAACAUGUUGAUGACCAUUUAGGCAAUGAACAACACGUCGAUGACCAUUCAGGCAAUGAACAACACGUCGAUGACCAUUUAGGCAAUGAACAACAUGUUGAUGACCAUUUAGGCAAUGAACAACACGUCGAUGACCAUUUAGGCAAUGAACAACAUGUUGAUGACCAUUUAAACAAUGAACAACAUGUUGAUGACCAUUUAAGCAAUGAACAACACGUCGAUGACCAUUUAGGCAAUGAACAACAUGUUGAUGACCAUUUAGGCAAUGAACAACAUGUUAAUGACCAUUUAAACAAUGAACAACAUGUUGAUGACCAUUUAGGCAAUGAACAACACGUCGAUGACCAUUUAGGCAAUGAACAACAUGUUGAUGACCAUUUAGGCAAUGAACAACAUGUUGAUGACCAUUUAGGCAAUGAACAACACGUCGAUGACCAUUUAGGCAAUGAACAACAUGUUGAUUACCAUUUAGGCAAUGAACAACAUGUUGAUGACCAUUUAAACAAUGAACAACAUGUUGAUGACCAUUUAGGCAAUGAACAACAUGUUGAUGACCAUUUAAACAAUGAACAACAUGUUGAUGACCAUUUAAGCAAUGAAAAUCCUGUUGAUCAUUUAAGCAAUGAACAAUAUGUUGAUGAUCGUUUGGGCAAUGAACAUGUUGAUUUUUUAAGCAAUGAACAUGUCGAUGACCAUUUAAGAAAUGAACAACAUGUUGAUGAUCAUUUGGGCAAUGAACAUGUUGAUUUUUCAAGCAAUGAACAUGUCGAUGACCAUUUAAGCAAUGAACAACAUGUUGAUGAUCGUUUGGACAAUGAACAUGAAAGAAAUCAACAUUUCUAUAAUUUCCCUACUACUGUAAAUGACAAAUCUCACUUAAUAAGCCCAGAGAGACCAAUCACUGAUGAAUUAUACAUAUGUACGCAGUGUAGAGAAGUAUUCACCACAAAGACAUUGAUGGAGAUUCACUGUAAAGAGCAUCAAAUCCAGGAUACAUCAACGGGUGAACACCAGUGCCAGCUUUGUGGAGAACGAUUUGAUACAGAGGUCUAUCUGCAUCACCAUAUGAAGAAUCAUACGGGUGAACUGUGGGAAUGUGAGAGAUGUACAACAAUAUUUACUAACCCUGGUGCACUGGAUGAACACAGAGAAAAAAGUAGAUGUCUGAAAAAAAGACGUGAAAUAGAUCUUCCAAGGGCGCAAACAGCAGAGAAGUCAUUUAAAUGUGAUGUGUGUGGUGUUUCUUUUAUUAACAGUCUCGCUCUCUACAAUCACAGGACUAUUCACAUGACUGACCUGUAUACGAAAAAUAAUUAUGUUGAUAAACAACGUCAAAAACAACCAAUGAAAAGUUGCAAUAAAUUUGUGGAACUGAAAAAACAUGCAAGUCCCCAGUUGCUUGAACUAUUAGAAUGUACACAAUGUGAAGAAAAGUACCUUAAGCAAGGCUGGCUUGAUUUGCAUAUGAAGAGGCACACUGGUGAAUUAUACAAGUGUAAAAAAUGUGACAAAGUAUUUACAAAUAAACACACAGCAACUAUUCAGAAUCAUUAUUGUCGUAGAAAUUGUACUAAAGAAGGAAACACGAAACGAACUUCAGAUGGAUUACUAAAAAUUGCAGAACGUAGUAAUAAAAAAAAAGUCUUGGAUAAUCCUAGUUCUACUGAAGAAAACGCAAGUGAACAUGGAAAGCAAAUGAAAAUAAUGACAGACGAACAUGCAACGGAUCGUCUCACAUUUGAAGGACGUAAAUCCGCAGAUGAGGAAACAGAUUCUGCUGAUGAUCUGAUAGUCAAGGAUAAAAAAUUUAGAUUUCGAAACAAAACAGGAGAACCUGCAAGACCAAGUGUAAAUGAAUUAGUAAAUUGUUCUACGAAGUUCCUUCGAGAAAGUACUUUGGAUGAACAUGUUAAGGUACACAUAGAGUCUAUAAAGAUAAAUGAAAAUGGACUGGGUUCAUCCAAUCACAAGUCUGCGAAGACCCCUAAUGCUGGGAAACCAUAUCUUAGUGAUGAAUCCCAUGGAAAAUUUGGUGCUGCCUGGAAUCAUCGGGAAAUUAACACAAAUAAGCAAUCCAACGUAAAAAAUUGCAUCAGAAAUACAAAUCAAAAGUGCUCUAGUUUAAGUUCCAACAGAUUUGUGCAGCAGAAAAGACGUGCAAUAAGUUCUUGGCGGUUCGGAACAUUCAAAUGUACAGAAUGUGGGGAGAUAUACAGUACACAAAUCUGGCUUGAUUUGCAUAUGAAAAAGCACACUGGGGAGUUACAUGCAUGUCAGAAAUGUGGUAAACUAUUCACAAAUGAAAAAGCUUCAACGAUACAAGGCCAUAAAUGUCAUAGAAAUUAUACCAAACAUGCAAAUCGGAAAAUUUUAAAUGACGAUGGUUCGUCAAGAGUUGACGAUUACAGUAAUCAGUUACAAAGCUGCAAAAAAAGUGGUUCCAAUUACGGAAUUACUUUACGCAUUAAUAACAAAUCGUUGUCGUCACUGAGGACCUGUAUUGCGGAGAAAACGUACAAAUGUGAUAAAUGUCUGAAAAGAUUUGAGACCAUCCGUGCUGCCUGGGACCAUCAACGGGCAAUUCACUCAUUAAGGCAUAUCAAGCGAAAGAGGUGCAUCAAGAAACCGACUAAACAGCAGCAUGCAAAGAAGUUAAAACGAAAAGUGGAGUGGACAAAGCCAGACGAAAGUUCGCAAUUGCUUGAAAUGUUUGAAUGUAAAGAGUGUGGGGAGAAGUAUAGUAAGCAAAUCGGGCUUGAUUUGCAUAUGAGAAAGCACACUGGUAAAUUGUACAAAUGUAAACAAUGUGAUAAAGUAUUCACAGAUGAACAUACCGUGAUGAUGCAUCAUCAGCGACACCAAAUUUUCAAUGAAUCAAAUCCUGAACAGAUAGCUUCAAGUGGUUCCAGUGCACAACAGACUGUGGGUAUUCAAGAUAAUAUUGGCAAAGAAAUUAAUGUCAACCACAAUAGAAAUGAGCAAAUACCGGAUGGAAGGAAAGAAAAACGAUCGGAAUGCGAUAUUAUAAACACAUUUAACAGCGAAGAACAAGUAAGGCAGCAAACCAUUCAUGAAACAGCUGAGAAACUGUUUAAGACGCAUGGCAACAGUACCUAUGACAAAACCAUGAAGCAUUUUUCCUGUGACAAGCAACAAGCAAGUAAUAUACCUGUCUCUACCAAUGUACAACACGAUAUCCAAGGUUGCGUCUCUGUUAAUUUUCAAUCACAAAGAAACGAACGAGAUGCCAAGCCUGAAUAUACUUGCACGGUGUGUAACAUUACGUUCCCACAGCAACAUUCUCUCGAAGAACAUGCACAGGUCCACACGAUCGCACAGGUCCACACGAUGCAUGUCAUACACUGUGACAAAUGCGGGCAAAGUUUGGAUAAUUAUAAUUAUUUCAACCAUAUGAAAACUCAUACUGGUGAGACACCAUACAAAUGUGAAGAAUGUGGCAUGCAGUUUGCGUGGACAGUUCACUUGUCUGAGCAUAUGUCUGAAAGACAUCCUGAUCGACAGGAUUACGGCUUUAUCUACUGUCCACCACAGACUAGACGUACUGAGGUACAACGACCGGGCCUGAUUGGGAACAGCAUUCAACUGCAGAGGUUUGAGAAUUCAAAAAACAAGAUAAUAACAAAGAAUGUUUUAAAGUAA